AUGGAUCAAAGCUCACCCCUCCAGCCAGACCUCCAAAGAAACAGACUUCCCACAUUGUUUGAAGUCCUAUCGCGCCGAGUCCUCCCACCCGUCGAUCUCUUCUCGUUCUACGUCUUUAUGAGGGAUCAACAGAGAUCAGUAGAUUACCUGGACUUUUGGCUUGAUGUGUCUCAACACACCUCACUGUGUAGAGCCUAUGUGCGGGAACUUAGGAGUACAAUCCUCUCUUCAACAGCAGAACCGCGUCCCCCUCAGAAUUCUACCGAAACGGGUGGUGAUCCUCAGGCGUCAUCUGGUCAGAGCGAACAGCAACAACCAGAAGAGUCGGGAACGGUUGACACAAGUGACCCGGAGCGAUCUAGCCAGGUGCUACGCCUCUCUCAGGAUGAUCAACCGACAGAGGUUCCAACCCCGCCGCCAGUUGAUAUGGGCCCUUCAAAAGACCAGAUUCGCGGGUAUUUCAUGGGUCCAUCGCUGAGAGGUGGCGGCUCGACAGACUGGCUUCCCACCGGGAGUGUUUCGACUGUACUCUCACGUACUCGGCACUUUUUUGCUACCUUCAGAAGCAGGCGUGCCCCAAAGGCCGGCGAGGACCGUGUGAAGCGUCUCACCCAACUCAAUUUGCGUGGAGGUGCAAGCAACUCUUCUUUGCCUACCUAUGGGACGAUGCGGUUAACCAACUCUGAGGAUGUCGAAGAGUCCGCGGCCAAUUCCCUAGAGAGGGAAGGAGACCUUGAUCGGCGAUUAUCCGCCUUUCUACGAGGGGAGCGAGUUUCAGGUCGAGCUACUCCAUCUGAUGCAAACGACACUCAACUAGGCCCCGCUGCUGGGAGUAGCAGCCGGCCUUCAACAGACCAAGGCCCAGCUACCGCCGGCACGAUAUCAAGACAGGACAUCCGAGCCUCGGCAGAGAAGAUAAUAUAUACAUAUAUCCUUCCCGGCGCGGAGCGCGAGAUCAUCCUUCCUGGGUCUAUGACCGGAGAUCUGGUCACCGCAGUGGAAGUAUCUGACCGUGACGAUCCUGAAGUUUUUGAUGUUGUCAAAGACUACGUCUUUAAGGCGAUGGAGAGAGACGCCUUCCCCGGCUUUCUCCCUAAUCCUACCUUUCACGAUUGGGGUAUACAGCCUCGCAGUCUAUCAAUACGCCCUUGA